AUGGAACACCAAAUCAAGCAAUACCGACUUCAGGGUCGUCUUCGAUGUUCGUCGAUGAAGCCCGGAGUCAACGAUCUUGCAAAUGGAACUGCUACAGUUGAACAUCCUGUCUUCGAAGAAAACGGAGUACUCCCACGAUGCGAAGAAAACACGCAGUCAUCAUCCAAACCUUCGCAGUGUUCAGGUCAGCGCGAGUCAGAGGUAGAAGAGGCGACGGUGGGCUUGGUUUCAGAUUUCAAGGCCCUGGAGCAACCCACUAGCUCCAGCGCGGCUGUGAAAGCGAAACGGGCAUCGAAUGUCUUAGAUCGGGUCCCAGAAAACACACACCUCGACGUGCAGGUUGGGGAAGGUUCUACCGACAACGAUAAGGGGAAAUCCAAAGAAAGUCGUUGAAUGUCAUAUGAAUGUGGACCAAGUCUGAGAAAGUAUGUACCCUAAGUCGCAGGCGAAGUGGGAGCUGAACUUUGUAUGCAUUGGAGUGCGAUACAUCGGUUUCUGUGCCUAGUUGUUCAUCUGAAACGCCUCUCUGAGCUGGAUGUCACAGUUCUUCUUGUCACUACAUUUUGCCCGAAUGAAAGCGCUGGCUUCGCG